UGCCAGCCUAUGCUGCUGCUUCACUCGCUCAGCCUACCAGAUAUUGACGAUAAUGCUGAGUUGUACGUAUCCACUACUCUGUAGUGACAACUGACAGAGCCCGGGCGAUGCCGAGUCAUAAAGUCGGGAUCUGUAGCGGACAUACCUCCACCACUGAAACUUGUCACAGAGAGACGGUCAAUGUCCAACAGUGAUAUCCAGAGGGCCUGUCAAGAAGAGAUGCAGAGGAACAGGGAGGAUGGAAUAUACGGAAAUGGGGAUAAUUGAGAGGGGGCUCUGACAGUCUCUUGAGAGGUACAUGACCUGAUUAGGAGAGUGACGUUGCAGAAGCGGCUCGGGAUGAGAUACGGGUGUUUCGCGACUUCACCUGGAGUAAUUGUUUGUGUUCGCCAUGGUAAGGUUUACCCGGGCACCUGCUGACAUGGCUUAAUGAACUCAGUCCCGUUACGGGGUAUUCUAACAAGCGACAACAUUGCUUCUGAAAGUACUAAACGGAAUGGGUCCAAGAAGGAAACUUAAAAUGACUAGAUGAUACGUCACCGUGGUCAGUUUUGAUACGAUGGACAAGGCUUAUGUAAUUUACCUGACAACCUGUCACACGCUUAUCUGAUAUAUGUUUGUUUUUGUUGACAACGCAACGGUGUGACGGCAUCCCCCGAGAUCCAGGUGUGUGUGUGAGGAUCGGUGUGGGGGCGUGGCGGGUAUCAGCCCGGGAGUGUGGCAGCAUGAGCCGGCCGGGGAGGAGGGGGUGCUGUGCUCUCCUUCACCUACGAGAAGACAACGCCCGUUUUAUCCUACUGUUCGUAGUGAUGGCUAUUUACAUGGUGGCGGGUGCCGGGAUAUUUAUGUUGUUGGAGGCAGAAAACGAAGCCACGGAGAGGAAGGAUUACCAGGAUGCUGUGGAUACCUUUUUGAGCCAGUACCCGGAAGUAAACCGGUCCCAGCUCCAGGCUCUUCUAGACCUACACGGUCGGGCGGAGACAGCUGGUAUAGUGGGGGACAAGCGGCCACGUUGGGACUUCCCCGGAGCGUUCUACUUCGUUGGCACCGUCGUCUCAACCAUAGGAUUCGGGAUGACAACCCCACAGACUGUACCUGGGAAGGUGGUGCUCAUAUUCUAUGGGUUUUUCGGUUGUGCUGGAGCUAUCUUGUUCUUCAAUUUGUUCCUGGAGAGAAUCAUCACGUUCCUAGCCUACAUACUGCGAGCCAUACACGAACGGGAAUUAAAACGGAAAGGUCUCAUGAACGAUUCACGGGACUCCAAGGACCGACGAUCGUCACAGAUAUCCGAAGACGAGAACCUUGAUUCGUGGAAACCCUCUGUCUACUGGGUCAUGCUUAUUCUCCUGCUGGGGGCGGGUAUUGUCGCCUGUUGUGCCUCGGCUAUGUACUAUCCCGUGGAAGAUUGGACAUACUUCGAGGCAAUGUACUUCUGUUUCGUGACAUUUGCUACUAUAGGAUUCGGUGAUUAUGUAGUAAGCCAAAAAGCCAACUACAUCAAUGUCCACUUCUAUCGUUUAGGCAACUUUAUUUUCAUUGUGAUUGGAUGUUGUUGCAUAUACAGUUUAUUCAAUGUGACUUCAAUUGUGAUAAAGCAGUUUCUAAACUGGUUGUUGCGAAGGCUGAACUGCCAGUGUCAGGUUCGAAAGCCGACUCGAACCCGUCGUAAUGCAAUUACCCCGGGACACUUACACAGGGGAACGAAGCCUCCUGCUGUUACUGUCGCAGAACCAGACGGCGACAGCGACUCUGAGUACAGGCGUAACUCAGGAGAAAUGAUAUCUAUGAGGGAUUUCUUGCAGGCCAACAAGAUAUCUUUGGCAAUGAUGCAAAAACAGUUAUGGGAAACUUCGCAGCGAGGAAACAGUUCUAGCGGAUUCCAAGGCGGUGUGGGUCCUCUAGCAAUUCUGAACCGGAAGUUGGGACAGGAUGAAAUCUGAUCCCGGUGUAUGACGGGAAAUGUACGUUUUCCCUCCCUCAGUGCCCUAUUUAUAAGUGUGACAGUUAUAUACGCGAAUUGUUUGGGGGAUUUUAACUUAUGUUUAUCACGAUCACUACUUGUGUAUGGCUGUAACAAGAUUCAUUCGUCAUCCUUGCAAGGAAUCGCCUUGGGAAGUAUGAUGUCAUCAUGCACAUUUUCAGAGCAAACUGUUGAUUAUUUUCUUCAUAUUCAUAUCAAAUGUUGCAUCACUUCGUAAUGCAACACAAUAACCGCCAUACACAUAAUACACGUAAUUGCAGCACAGUAUAACACAAUUAUCUAAUUGGUAAUAACCUGAUUGAGUAAUAACCUGUUCUAACGGUAAUUUCAAUAUGGCCGUCACGGUAUUUUAUGCAAAGGUCCGUGUGCAGUGAUGUAUGUAGAGACUUUGUGGUGGGUCUGGAAAUAUAUUUGACGUUUUGCUCCGUUGAUUAAUAGUUUUAAUCUCAUUCACGAUCAUAUUUAUUUUAGUGAUAUCAUAUAAUGCCGUUUUCAUUAGUCAUUGGUGAGAAUCAAGUUGUUUCUUUGUCCAGGGAUGCAAACCGAUUAACGUUCCACGCCAAUUUACCUUCAUUUUAAAUAGCUAAGAAUAUGUGAAGAUCAUUUGGGACUAAGUUCUAAUCAAUGUAAACCUUGUAAAAAUUUCAGAUAAGAUGACAUAAUUUGGAAUUAAAAGGAUGUUGUGAUUUAAUAUAUCUCGUAAGCAAAGUAAAUAUGAGUUUUUCAUAUGAGUGACAUCGAAAUACGUUAAAUAUUUUGUAAAUCUAUACAAUUCAUCAUUAAUUUAGGCAGGCAUCAAUAUUGAAGUCCUAGCAUUUAUACUUUGAUUAAAUGUUUUCGUCGA